AGGUCGGUUGUGAAUUGGUGGAAAGGCACGCGCGGGCUAUGUAGUGCACUCUGUGGAGUGUAUUCGGGACCGGCCCAGGGCGCUGAGAGCAGGCCGAGCGAGCUAGCUAGCUAUUAUCACAUUAAAGAGUUCCUCUUGUUCCCUGCUGCUUGCUGCUUGCUUGUAACCUCCAGAGUGAAGCUCCUGUGCUUUGGUCUUCAUCCUGACUCGAGAUGCCAGCUGCACUUGCAGAUACCAGUCAGAUCAUCUGUGAGGUCUGGGCCAGCAACGUGGACGAGGAGAUGAGGAAAAUACGCCAGAUCGUUCAGAAUUACAACUACAUCGCCAUGGACACAGAGUUCCCCGGCGUGGUGGUUCGACCCAUCGGAGAAUUCCGCAGCACUGUCGACUAUCAGUAUCAGCUCCUGCGCUGCAACGUGGAUCUGCUGAAAAUCAUUCAACUCGGCCUGACCUUCAUGAACGAAGACGGCGACUAUCCACCUGGGACCACCACCUGGCAGUUCAACUUUAAAUUCAAUUUAACAGAGGACAUGUACUCACAGGACUCCAUAGACCUUCUGCAAAACUCAGGCCUUCAGUUUAAGAAGCACGAGGAGGAAGGAAUCGAUACGCUGUACUUCGCAGAGCUCCUCAUGACCUCGGGUUUAGUGCUGUGUGAAAACGUGCGAUGGCUCUCCUUUCACAGUGGAUAUGACUUCGGCUACCUGGUGAAGCUCCUUACAGACGCUCGGCUACCGGAAGAGGAGCACGAAUUCUUUCAGAUCCUGAACCUCUUCUUUCCUGCCAUCUACGAUGUGAAAUAUCUCAUGAAGAGCUGCAAAAACCUGAAGGGUGGACUUCAGGAAGUUGCAGACCAGCUGGAGCUGAAAAGGAUCGGCAGACAGCAUCAGGCCGGCUCGGACUCGCUGCUGACCGGGAUGGCCUUCUUCAGGAUGAAAGAGUUAUUCUUCGAAGACAACAUUGAUGACGCCAAGUACUGCGGCCGCCUCUACGGCCUGGGCUCGGGUUCCUCACAGACGCAGAACGGCAUCUCCAACUCGUCGCAAGAAGAAACCAACAACAAGCACUGACCUCCGGCGCCACCACGCACUUGUUUUUAAUCGCUCAGAGCAGUUACUGGGAAUCUUUUCGUUUUGUUCCCGUUCCCCUUCAUCCCUCAACUGCAUCCAUGUCGGACUGAACAAGACCCGAUCCGCUCUAAACCAGUUCUGCUGUUACACACAGUCCCUUCAGACCAAACCAAACCAAAACACAACAAACAUCCUGCGUCUUGGCGAUUUCUCCAAGCGCAUCAUCAUUCCUCCUGGACAUUUUAUUUGUUUGUUUUACAGCAUUAACUAACUGAAAAAGAAUAUUUUUUAAGCACAGGACUGGACUGGCACCUUGUAUCUCACAGCGAAUAAGAUUCACAGCGUUUUUAAUAUGCUCCACCAGCAGUUUGGCACAAUCUCGUUAAGGGUUGCUUUUCUAUAAAAACAAAACAGAACAAAAAACAGGUUUUGAGGAGAGAGUCGUACAGGUAACGCAGGAAACAUCUGUUCAGUGUUGUCAAGUUUUAAAUUAUGCUGCGAAGUGUUGUGUAUUAAAAUGUAAACCUUUCAAAGGAGCCAAUCUUUUAGCAUUUUUCCUACGAAAAAAAAGUUUUAAAUCUGGAUAUCUUUGAUAUGGAGUCAGGUGCAGGGAUACACUGGUUCUGUGCAGAACGUCUUUUAAUUUGUCCAUGAAACCAUGAAACACGUUGUUUGUGGUACGUUUUUGUUUUUAAUUCCAUCCGAUGUUUGAAAUUCUUGUAUAUUAAAAAUGUUUUCUAUCGACUGUUA